AUGUCCCUAUUCGGAGAGCCCGAGGCGGACGAAAGCCCGUCGAUGACCUCGUCGUUUGCCCGGUCUCGGCAGUCGCUGUUCGACGAGGACGAUUCGAACUCGAACUCUCUGUUCCAAGACGACGAUGCAGCCGGCAGCGGGACAGCCUCGCCGUGGGACAUGCCCACGCCGCGCAAGCAGCACUCGAGGGCCGAUAUCCUCCGCAACCUUCUCCCCGCCUCUGACGUCCCGGAUAGCUACAUCGAGACAUUCGACAGCGUCGUGCGGGAGAAUGGCAGCGGGGGCAAGGUCACGUCUGGGGGCGUUAUGCGCGUCCUCGCGGCUGCCAAGAUCGGCGCAGACGAUCAAGCCAGAAUAACGGGUAUAAUUGCGCCGGGCGGCGGAGAGAUCGCUCUGGGGAGGAACGAGUUCAACGUCCUCCUGGGCCUCAUUGGCCUUGCCCAGGACCGCGAGACGAUCAGUCUGGAUGGCAUUGACGAACGCCGAAGAAACCUCCCAAUCCCAAACCUCCCUGGCAUUUCAGGAACGCCUGCUGCAGAACCCUUUGCUCGUACCAGUGUACUUGCGGCGAAACCUCCACAGAGGCCGAUAACUCCACCAGCCAAGGAUACCGCGCCCACACAGCCGUCGAUGGAAUACUCAGAUGAUCCCUGGAACACCCCAGAUGUUCACAAAAACCAUAAACACGCACCAGAACCCGCGCCUCCUAAGACCCAUGUCCCUGAAGAGCAUGCUGCAGAGAGCCCACCAGUGAACGGCCAUGACGAUAGCAAUGGCACUUUCACUGCCGCACCGCCUGUACGCACAACCUCGACCUUUACUACAGCUUCAGUAGAGUCUUUAGGACAGCCCAACCCUGCCGCGACGCGUCAGAACACGUUUCCGCAAGCAACUUCUCCCGGGGCCGGCUGGGGAACCGGCGAUUUCUUCGGUGGCACACCAGUGGGCAAUCCGGCAACCUCCAAUCCGGUGACAAGUCCUUUCGGAGGGCCGGCUGGUAGCAAUGUGGGCAGAGACCCCGGCGAGCAACGGCCUGGCCCCUUAUCGAGCAGGACGAUAGGAAGCGGCAGGACCGGCAGCGGCGUCGAGGAGCAUAUCGUUGUGAACCUACUGCCGGAGAAAGAGGGCAUGUUCAUGUUCCAGCACCAUAACUAUGAAGUAGGAAGUGCCAGGAGAGGCAGCAAAGUAAUUCGGAGAUACAGUGAUUUCGUGUGGUUGCUGGAUUGCUUGCACAAGAGAUAUCCUUUCAGGGUAUUGCCUCUUCUCCCUCCAAAGCGGGUUGCUGUCAAUGGGAACCAUCUGUCAAACGAUGGUGCCUUUAUUGAAAAGCGUCGUCGCGGCCUCGCCCGCUUCCUGAAUGCAGUGAUCAGGCAUCCCAUCCUGAGCCAAGAGCAACUGGUCAUUAUGUUCCUGACGGUACCCACCGAGCUCGCCGUCUGGCGGAAACAAGCCACCAUUUCGGUACAGGACGAGUUCGCCGGCCGUGCUCUCCCACCGGGCCUCGAGGACUCUCUCUCACCGGAGCUCGAGGAACUGUUCCAGCGUACGCGCGCUGGCGUGCGGCGAAGCGCCGAGCUGUACAUUGGCGUCUGUAGCAUUAUGGACCGGCUCGUCAAGCGCAGCGAGGGUGUCGCGGCCGACCAUGCCAGGAUCGCUCUCUCGCUCACAUCCCUAACUGAGGCGACCGCCGAAACAUACGCCACCGACACGAAUGAGGUGCCCCUAGUCAACGACGGCCUGAUCGCCAUGAGCAAGCACCUGCGUACGUCGCAGACUCUCAUGGAGGAUGAAGCGCGCGCGUGGGACGAGGGCGUGCUGGAGGACCUCAAGAGGCAGCGGGACGCCCUCGUCAGCGUGCGGGACCUGUUUGAGCGGCGGGAGCGCUUGGACCGGGACAACAUUCCCGCCCUGGAGAGGCGCAUCGACAACAACGAGACGAAGCUUGCGAACCUGCGUGCCAAGCCCGAUGGCUUGAUCAAGCCAGGCGAGAUCGAGAGGGUUGUAGAGGCUAUCAUCAAGGAUAAGGAGUCGAUCGUCAACCAGCACAACCGCUCCGUCUUCGUCAAGGAGUGCAUCCGCGACGAGCUCAUCACCUUCCAGUCCACGCAGUACCACAUUUCACGCUGGAACCAGGACUGGGCCCAGGAGCGCGUCAAGUACGCGGAAAUGCUGGCGGAUAACUGGCGCCGGCUCCUCGACGAGCUCGAAGGCAUGCCCCUGGGUGACUAG